AUGGGAGAGAUAACAGCCUUUGAUGAGCUUCAGGCAGACUUCAAGGUGCCGAUCGAUCAGGGCAAUCCACUUCACGCGCGUGAAAGACUUCGAAAUAUUGAGAGGAUCUGCUGCCUGCUGAGAAAGUUGGUGCUUCCAGAGUACUCUAUCCAUGGACUCUUCUGUAUCAUGUUCCUGUGUGCUCAGGAGUGGCUUACUGUAGGCCUGAAUAUCCCUCUGCUCUUCUACAACACAUGGAGGUACUUUCACAGCCCCACAGACACUAAGGAGCUUCUCUACGAUCCAGCGUCAGUCAUGAAUGGAGACACACUCAAAUUCUGCCAAAAAGAAGCCUGGUGCAAGAUGUCCUUCUUUGUCCUCUCGUUCUUCUACUAUCUCUACUGUAUGAUCUACUCCUUGGUGACCUCAUAACAGAGUUCUCAACACUGCUCAUAAGACACUGUUUUCCGAAAGCUCUAAACUACAUUUGGAUGAAACAAGAGACAAAAGUUCAACACACUGCAGUGUCUGAACCUACAGAGAAGACUUGACCCCAUCUUCCCAGAGUAUCAGAAGAACCCAGUGUUGUUGACAGAUCUGACUCAACGCUCUAGAUGUCUCAUGGACCUGGUGUGAAGCGCUUUUCACAAGCUCACAGUAACAUUUGCAUAGAUUGUCUCAGGCAUAGCACAACAUGUCCUUUACCACUUUGAGGCACAAAAACUGCCAACCUUUACACUCACUAUAUGUAGCUUCAAAUUCAUGUCGGGUUAAAACAAAGGAAAGAAAAAGAUGGCUAACUUGAUUAGCGAAUGUUUAAUUUUUACCAGUCACACACUAGGCCACUGAGUUUGAUUACGUGAGAAGCUUUUGUGAUAUAUUUUAUGUGUAUCUGUGCACUCCUAAAAUAAGCGUUUUUAAUAUGAAAUACGUAUCUGUUGCAUUACUUGUGUACAUAGAGAACUUUGUGUAAUGCUUUUAUGUGUUGGUGUCAGUGGGUUGAGAUGUUUUUGGACUUUAUAUUUACAAAUGCUGAUAUCGAGAC